AUAUGUUUCAUGUUUCGUUAUUUGUCACAAUUAUAAAUUAUAUUUUUGUCACGUUAAAAAAUAAUGUUAGAAAAUAUCCGGAAUGGGACAAGGCGAGGGUUUGCCCGGCGACAGAUGUGAUCAGGGCUCGUCGGGAGUUGACCCAGGUUGAAGAAAUAUUAAAGGAGAAACGAGCGGAACAAGAGAUAAAACGUAAAUACAUGGACGAGCAAUGGGAGGAGGCGAGAAAGCAGCAAUUGCAGUUGCGGCAAUCUUUUGUAAAGUUUAAUACGCUCGUGAAGGAGAACGUCGAGAAGCGCGAGCGAGCCGAGCAGAAGAUCAAAGAGGAGAACGAACGCCAAGAGAAAUACAAGCAAGAAAUCGAGGAAUUGGAGCAGAAAUUGCGCUACAUGAGAGACGUGCGCGAUAAAAUGCAGCGAUACGUAGGGGAAUACAGGAAGUACCAAAAUUACUUGGACAGGGUCGUGAACGAGACGAACGAGUUUCAGUCGAUCAAUGAAAUUUUUAAUCGCUACGAAACUUUAGUCGAGGCCAGACAAGCGUUGUCUGAUCAUCAAGACAGGAACCUUCAGAUGCUAGAAGACAAAGGAACAGAAAUACAUCACUUGACGGAAGUCAAAACGCAAGUAUUAAUGGGCCUGAAUAAUAAAUUGGCGCAACUGCAAGCGAGAUACGAUCGGGCGAAAGCGCAGGAAUUGAAAUGGGAGACGAUCGUAUCGAAGAUAAAGGAGACCGCCGCGACGAAAAACUUGGAGCUUACGCAAGUGAAGGCGUGCUGCUGGAACAUCUAUCAGCAGAUUUGCAAGAGGAAAGAGAUACCCGUCAAGGUGAGCAGCGAGGACGUCGAGCAACAGCUGAUUCACAUCAAGCGCACCAUCCUUGAAUUGAAGCGCAUUAUCAAGACCGUCAAGAAGAAGGUGCGGGAAGAGAAAGGCUUGCCGCAAUAGAGCUAUCUAUCAUCCCAUUACCG